AUGCCAACGCCCGGGUGGCUGGCGCCGGACGCCGCGGAGAGGGCAGCGAGCCCCCAGGUACCUAUUACACCAUUCUUUGGCGAAGGUUAUUCAGCAGUUGUGACCUCUCCCAACCGAACACUCUACAAAUUAUUAUCUCUGGACUCCCAGCUGACACCCUGCCGAAGGCAAGAGCUACUAAGCCAACUGGAACUGUGCCUUUUCUCUUGUCAAGGUUUUUUUCUUACACAGGAAAAAGAAAGAAAAAAAAAAGAUGAAGUUGGGCAAAGUGGAGUUCUGCCAUUUUCUGCAGCUAAUAGCUCUUGUCCCGUGUUUUUCUGGGAUGAGUCGAGCAGAACUCUCCAGGUCCAGAUCAAAGCCCUAUUUCCAAUCAGGGAGGUCCCGGACCAAGCGCAGCUGGGUGUGGAAUCAGUUCUUUGUGCUGGAGGAGUACAUGGGUUCAGACCCCCUCUAUGUAGGAAAGCUUCACUCUGAUGUGGAUAAAGGAGAUGGUUCCAUCAAAUACAUCUUGUCAGGCGAAGGGGCAAGUUCCAUUUUCAUUAUUGAUGAGAACACUGGGGAUAUUCAUGCCACCAAGAGGCUGGACCGCGAGGAGCAGGCCUACUAUACCCUCCGUGCCCAGGCGCUGGACCGGCUCACCAACAAGCCCGUGGAGCCCGAGUCAGAGUUCGUCAUCAAGAUUCAGGACAUCAAUGACAACGAACCUAAAUUCCUGGACGGCCCGUACACGGCCGGAGUUCCUGAAAUGUCUCCUGUGGGGACCUCAGUGGUACAAGUGACAGCAACAGAUGCUGAUGAUCCUACAUAUGGCAACAGCGCCCGAGUGGUCUACAGUAUCCUGCAAGGACAGCCAUACUUCUCAGUGGAGCCAAAGACAGGAGUCAUCAAGACCGCCCUUCCAAACAUGGAUAGAGAGGCUAAAGACCAGUAUUUGCUUGUUAUUCAGGCAAAGGAUAUGGUUGGUCAAAACGGAGGACUCUCUGGAACCACGUCAGUCACCGUGACCCUAACUGAUGUCAACGACAACCCGCCUCGCUUUCCUCGAAGGUCGUACCAGUAUAACGUCCCAGAAUCAUUGCCGGUGGCUUCCGUUGUGGCCAGAAUUAAAGCUGCCGAUGCGGAUAUAGGAGCUAAUGCUGAAAUGGAAUACAAAAUUGUGGAUGGUGAUGGAUUUGGGAUUUUCAAGAUUUCUGUUGACAAAGAUUCACAGGAAGGAAUCAUUACUAUACAGAAGGACUUGGAUUUUGAAGCCAAAACAAGUUACACGCUACGGAUAGAAGCUGCAAACAGAGAUGCCGACCCUCGCUUUCUAAGCUUGGGACCGUUCAGCGACACGACAACCGUGAAGAUCAUUGUGGAAGAUGUGGACGAGCCCCCUGUAUUUUCCUCACCGCUGUACCCCAUGGAGGUGUCAGAAGCUACCCAAGUUGGGAAUAUCAUUGGGACCGUAGCAGCUCACGACCCAGAUUCUUCCAACAGCCCUGUGAGGUAUUCAAUUGACAGAAACACAGACUUGGAGAGAUACUUCAAUAUUGAUGCCAACAGUGGAGUUAUUACAACUGCCAAAUCUCUGGAUCGAGAGACAAAUGCUGUUCAUAAUAUCACAGUCCUUGCAAUGGAGAGCCAGAAUCCAUCUCAAAUAGGAAGAGGCUAUGUAGCCAUCACUAUACUUGACAUCAAUGACAACGCCCCUGAAUUUGCCAUGGACUAUGAGACCACCGUUUGUGAAAAUGCCCAGCCAGGCCAGGUUAUCCAGAAAAUCAGUGCUGUCGAUAAAGAUGAGCCAUCCAAUGGACACCAGUUUUAUUUCAGCUUAACAAUGGAUGCAACGAAUAACCACAACUUCUCAUUGAAAGAUAACAAAGACAACACAGCCUCAAUUCUCACCAGGAGAAAUGGCUUCCGGAGACAGGAGCAAUCUGUUUAUUAUCUGCCAGUCUUCAUCGUGGACAGUGGAUCACCUUCACUUAGCAGCACCAACACCCUCACCAUCCGUGUCUGUGACUGUGAUUCAGAUGGGGUAGCCCAGACCUGCAACGCUGAGGCCUAUGUCCUCCCUGCUGGCCUCAGCACCGGAGCCCUGAUCGCAAUACUGGCCUGUGUCCUGACGUUACUGGUGUUGAUCCUCCUGAUCGUCACGAUGAGAAGAAGGAAAAAAGAGCCCCUUAUUUUCGACGAAGAGAGAGAUAUCAGAGAAAACAUCGUUAGAUACGAUGAUGAGGGUGGGGGGGAGGAAGACACAGAAGCCUUUGACAUGGCCGCGCUCAGAAACCUCAACGUCCUCAGAGACACCAAGACCCGGAGAGAUGUGACUCCAGAAAUUCAGUUCUUGAGUCGGCCGACUUUUAAAAGCAUCCCAGAUAAUGUCAUUUUCCGGGAAUUUAUUUGGGAAAGACUGAAGGAAGCCGACAUUGACCCCUGCGCCCCGCCUUAUGAUUCCUUGCAGACAUACGCCUUCGAAGGAAAUGGCUCGGUGGCUGAAUCGCUCAGCUCGCUAGAUUCCAUCAGCUCAAACUCUGAUCAGAAUUACGACUACCUUAGUGACUGGGGACCGCGUUUUAAACGACUCGCAGACAUGUACGGAACUGGCCCGGAGAGUCUGUACUCAUAG